AUGACGAGGAGACUCUCGGGGAAAAGUGAGAAAGAUCUGAGCUAUAUAAAGGCUGAGACAAUUGAAGAUGUCACUUCCAACGAUGAAGCUCUUGUCGCCACCGACUCAGUUCCUCAUGGCUAUAACCUAGACUCAUCCUCUGGUACAGGGUUCUCUGCAGACUCUUCUUUUGGUUCUGGCUUCGCCUCAGGUGGCUUUGGAUCUGGUUUCUCCUCAGGAGCAUCAGGAUUCUCGGGAGGUUCAGGAGGAUCUGGUUUCUUCGGAGGUGGCUGUAGUUCUGGGCAGGUACUCAAUGUGGACGGUAGCUGUGUGACUCCUGUGGUCAGUCGCAAUUUGUUUCUAUUCAAUGCGCCAGCAGUUUCUCCAGUGGUUGGUCCAAAACCAAAUGUUCCUCCACCCAAAAUUGAGCAUAACAUUGUGUUCAUCCGCACACCAGAGGGAGGCCCAGGACAAGAACCUAUUAUCGUCCCACCACCAAAACAGAAAAAUAUCGUGUACGUUCUCAACAGGAUAACUGAGCAAGGCCAGAAUGUCAUCCAAGUACCAGCACCAGAGCAAGAGAGUCCUCAAGUAUACUUUGUUAACUAUGGUGAAGGAGACAACCCAUCUCUUCCUACCGGUGGAGACCUUCAGUCUGCCCUCAGCUCCGCCGCGCAAGGCGAAGGAGACGUGAUUGACAACGGCGGUGGCGGCAGUUCCGGAGGUGGCUUUGGAAUUGGCGGCGGUGGCUUUGUAAGCGGUGGUGGAGGUGGGUUCGGGAAUGGUGGUGGUGGUGGCGGCGGUGGAUAUUCAGCUCCCGUGUCUCAACCAUCAACAUUUUAUUCUCAGCCAUAA